AUGGGUUCACCCAUUUCCCUCGUAGUAGCAAACAUCUUCAUGGAACACUUCGAAGAAGAGGCCCUCCGAAAGGCGACCAGCAAGCCAGAAAUCUGGUACCGAUAUGUAGACGACACAUUCGUAAUCUGGAGACACGGAAAAGAAGAACUCGACAAGUUCUUAAAUUUCCUUAAUAACCAACAUGCCAACAUCCGAUUCACCAUGGAAAUAGAAGAGAACGGUAAGCUUCCCUUCCUGAAUGUACUCGUUACAAAGAAGACGGACAACACACUGGGCCAUCAGGUAUACAGGAAGCCAACACACACGGACAGAUACUUACAUGCCGAGUCACAUCACCAUCCAGCCCAAAAACAGUCGGCAAUACACUCACUCGUAUACAGAGCCUUCAGCAUCUCUGACAAGGAACAUCUAAAAACAGAACUCAACUAUUUGAAGGAAACCUUACAGCGGAACGGAUACAAUAAGGAGGAUGUAAAUAGAACAAUUAACAAACAUAGGAGUGGGACAAAGAAAUCAGACACAGAACAGACACAGAAAGAGAAAAGACGACUCUCGUUCCUUCCAUACAUAAAGGGAACAACAGACCGAAUCGGAAGGAUUUUGAAUAAACACAACAUCCGGACCAUUUUCAAGCCCCCAAGGAAGAUCGACCAAAUCUUGAGAAACCCAAAGGACCAGAGACCCCCACUCAGCUCUGCAGGAGUAUACAAAAUACCCUGCUCUUGCGGGAAAGUGUACAUCGGUGAAACCGGAAGAACGGUCAACACACGGAUGAAGGAACACCAACGGGAUGUCUGGCUGAAACACAUCACACAAUCAGCCCUGACAGAACACAGCAUUGAGACAGGGCAUCGAAUACUAUUCGAUAAAACGGUAACCAUUGCCGCAACAACAUCAUAUUUCCCUAGGAAACACAAAGAGACCUUGGAAAUACAGAAACAUCCAGACAAUUUAAACAGAGACUCAGGCUAUAGUGUAAAGAAGAUAUGGAAGACUGCCCUUUCGACAGGCCAAAAAGUCGCCUCUCUUAUACAGAGGCACAAUUAUGCUUUUUCUCCAAUCUUCGGGCAUUUUGUUCUCCCUCCAUACCUUCUUCAAUAA